AUGGAAGCCAUCUACAAGAACUCCAUCUACCCGAUAUCGCUCAUACAAAAGAGCUUUGACGAUCAGAAGCACCUGAUGUUCAUGCUGUCAAACGUUUUCGACCCUCGCUACGCCUUCCUCAUUUUCUCGCCGCUGAUCUUCUCGCUGGACCGCGUCACCGGGCGCAAACUGAUGUGGGUCACCGUCAUCGCCGAGUGGUCCAACCAGAUACUGAAGUGGCUGAUGCGUGGAGAGCGCCCGUACUGGUGGGUGCACGAAUUCGAAAGCAAAGCAUCCUCGGGACUGAGCUCUUCCAACCAACUGCCCGGCCUCAAGCAGACCUUCAUGACCUGCGAAACGGGUCCCGGCUCGCCCUCUGGCCACGCCAUGGUCACCGCCGCUGUCUGGUACAUUCUGGUGGAGGCGCUGCUGGCGAAGACCAACAGCUGGCGCCAGAACGGGAAGCUGCCCGCCGCCGCCUCCAAGCCGCUCUUCAACUCCGCCUGCUGGGCCGUGUACACCUUCGGCCUGUGCUGCGUCAGCCUCUCCCGGAUCUACCUGGCCGCCCACUUUCCCCACCAGUGUCUGCUGGGCGCCGGCAUGGGCGUCGCCGUGGCGAUGCUCGUCAGCAGCCUCUACGCCGCCACGGAGAAGCUCUCCCUGCGGGCCUACUUCCUCGGCACGUUGGCCAUGUUCGCCAGCGCCCUGGUCACCUACGGGACGCUGCUCUACGUCUUCGGCUUCAACCCACUGUGGUCGGUGGAGCGGGCGCUGAAGUGGUGCGCCAAGCGGGAGCACGUCCACCUCGACACGACGCCCUUCUUCAGCAUGAUGCGCUACACCGGCUUCUUCCUCGGCAUGGGCCUCGGCCUGCACUCCCCGCUGGUGAAGGCCACCGUGCCCUCUGCAGCCAGCUUCAGCACUGCCGCCAAGCUGACGACCGCCGCCCUGUCGGUGGCCGCCUCCAAGGCCAUCGAGGCGAUUCCCAUCUCGAAGGAGACGCUGCACGUCAACACCAUCUACGGCAUUGUCUUCCUCGAGUCCCUGCUCCUGCCCUAUCUCUUUAUCGCGGUCAUCCCAUUUGUGGUCAGCAAGUUUACCAGCAGCAGCAACAGCUCGAUGGCCAAGAAGAUCGUCGCCAGUCAGGACGACAACAACAACAUUCACCUGCUGAAGGCUCAGUAA